AUGCAACCUCGUGAGGAGACGCCAGUUGAAGAGCAGUCACAGACACAACGAGGGGACGGUCGGCCACCACCUCCAACUGUGUCUGAUGAAGUGGAUGGUCUCGAGAGACCUCUCGCGAAGAUGCGUGCGCGUCGCAUCCAAGAUGGUGUUCUUGUGCACAGUGCGAGUGAAAUCAAGGCGCGCGAUCAACCUCGCCAGAAUGCUAACUGGUUGCGAUUUGAUCAAGGACCUCCUCCUCCAUGUUUUUAUACAGCCUGCCGAGUCCGUUCCAUUGAACAAGACAACGAAGACUUCGAAAUUUCACAAGUGUUGUUAGAUGGCGGAUCUUCCAUUGAACUUAUCAACGCCAAAGUUGCAGAGCAGCUAGAUUCACCAUGGCAUCAGGACACCACGGGUUUGCGCAUGCGAACAGCAGAUGGACCUGUACAUGCAUUAACGCAAUACGUUUUACUUCCUGUUAAGGUUGCUGGCAUUGAAUGGAUUCUCAAAUUCUUCAUUGUUUAUGGCACCACGAGUUACAACAUGCUCCUCAGCAGAGGCUGGCUUCACCAAGUAGGAGCCAUAGGUGACUAUUCCACCAACGACUACUACAUUUUUGACUCUGCCAAACGCCCCCGCAAAGUUCCUAAAGUUGUCGACGUUCAACCGCCAGUGUCACUUCGAGUUCACCUUGAUGCAGAUCAACACUUGGGUCAUUACCGAAACUCGGGAGGAGAACCUGAACACUCGCUCAAGUACCCACUAGAUGCUUCCAUUCCUCUCGAAGCAUUCACCACGGCGCCAACCCUUCCACAACCUGCUUCACUUGACAGUGAUGAUGAGGACGACGAUGCACGGAUGACAGAACUCGCAGAACGAUUUGCGAAAACCGCAUUGUUAGAAUCCACUCAUCCUGAGUACGAACAGGAAGAUCCGCGCAUUGCACAAUUUCUCGCUGCGCUCAAGCAGUCGGGAAAUGGGGACGGGGACAGGUACCCGGAGAACCUGGUUCCCCUCUAA